CCCGAGAUGCUGUGUAAAUUCUUGUCGCGAAGGCCAUGGCUGCGUUCUCGCUUGAUGUUGUCAUGGAAUACCGUCAUGCCUUGGAUUAAACGAGAUGACCACAGGGUGGCAAAGAACCGAUGCUGGUUUUUCGUUUAGAUUUAUAUUUUUUUGGCAAGAGUGAAUGCUGUUUGCAUCACCAUGGCAACUGAAGCAGAUAUACACAAGCGGAACUUGGAAAGCUCUAUUUUGUUUAUGCAACAGAACCAUGCGGCCACCCUUAAAGCUCUUCAUGAAGAAAUACAUAAGCUGCAAAACCGCUGCACAGAUUUGACAUUCCAGCUAACAAUGAAUGGGAUCAAUAUAAAUGAAUCUGAUGUUGAGGAGGUUGCCAGUCAGCUGAAAAACUCACAAAAACAAGAAGCAUCACUUAGGAAGCAGCUGACAGAAAGAGAGGAACAAGUGCAGAAAUUAGAGCAGGAGUUACGCUUGCAGAAAAAGCGCCACCUUGAUGAGGUGAGAAAUGUCAACCAAACCAUCAAUGAUUUACAAGCACAAGUGGAAGCUAAAUCAAAUAACAUUGCAUUUCUCACAACAGAACUUCAUCGUCUUAAAGUCCAUCACAAAUCUAACCAAAGUCUGUUACAGUCCAACACGGCAGUAGUAGGAGAAGUGGGAGCAAGUAUUGUACGUCGAAUACAACCUCAGUACAAUCAUCUUCCAGUUCCACCGAAGGACAUUGUUGCAAAUUCAACACGUAUCCGACCACGAGGCUCUCAUUUAGUAGGUAGUUCCAGUGUUCGUCACCGUGUGGUUAAGGUUUCAAACAAUUCAGGUGGUGGUGAAGGUGAAAUACUGUCUCGUGCUUUUCAAGUGGCUUCAACCUCAACUCCCAGUAGUGGAUCCCAAUCCCCAGACGUUGCUCCUUUCUUACAGAAGAAUGCAGACUUUGGUGUGGAACUUAAAAAGCCACCUGUUCUUCCACCCAUCCCUGUCUCUGUCUCUUCUCCUCCUGAUCAGCAAGUUGAAAUGCAUCAUAUGCUAAUCUCCCAGACAGGAUCUCACAGAGUGUCAAAGGGUAGACCUUGUACACCAGAAGUUGCUACUCUUGCUGUUGAUCAAGUGGGGGACAAAAAUUGGAACAGGGCUCAUGAGUCUCGGAGCUCGGAAUAUAAUUAGCUUUAGUCAUUUUGAUGUCAAUAGUACCAGUUGAUAUCAUUACAGAAUGGACAUGUUCUUCGCUAAUUAUUGUUAUGUGCAAAAUUGGUGUCCUUUAACUUUGCCAUAUGCAUAUAUUUUAUCUUUAUUACUUUAAAACAGUCUCCUUACAUUCAUGAACUUUAUAGAUAUUUAGUGAUGCUUUAAAAUGUUUACUCCUUCACUUAAAAAACUGUGCUUAUAUAUCCGCUUAUUUUACAUGACCCUUCAUAGCUGCAGCCACAAAUAAACAUCACCCCUUGUACCCUCAAGGGAAAAAAGUUGAUUCAUGGUCAGUGUUACUGUUCCACGGCUCAGCUAGAAGAAAACAGAAGCCAUCGAAACCUCAUAUGUAUAAUUUAUUCGAUGAAGAUGGGGACAAGUUUUGCAGCAUCAUCAAAGUCGCACAGUUUGUUGCAAAGAAAAUAUGAUGAAGUAUGCAUAAUUUAACAUAUAUUUGAAAAGUAAUGUUAUGAAUACAAGUUUGAUGCAGAAGUCAUAUUCAAAAUAAGAUAACAUCAUCAUAUUUAAAACUAUUUUUAUAAUUUUAGGAGAUGAGAGAAAUGAUUUAAACAAAUACUAAAGAGAGAUCAUAUUUAUUUUAGAAUCACAGCAAAGAAAACUUGUAGUAUUAAUAUGAAGUUAUCAGCAAGACAAAUUUGAAAAACUGCAAAAUCGUGACCUAUGUGUAAAACGUGUGAUUAAAUGAUGAAGUCUGUUUACACAUUUUAAAAAAAAUUAAAAUAACCUUUUCUUAAUGACAUCAUACUCACUGGUCUAACUGUCAGAAAUAGCUGUUUAUAAUAUCAACAGCUGAAAAGUGGUCUUGGCAUAAAUUAUAUUUGUUUGUGUACAAUUUUAUAUUGAGGGGUGUCUUGGAAAUUGAAAUAACAGCUUAAUGUGUUUCAGUUUGGUGAAUAGUAUGUUUGACAUUAUUUUGUGGCUGUGUAUGAAUAUCCAAUGGCACAGUUAUUAACAUGAUAGAGGCAGAUCACUAGAAUGUGUCCUUAAUGGUUUUGGUUUAAAGCAGUUUGAAAAACUUUCCAUCGUUAUAUGUACACCCUUUUCCCCCUUUACAAACUUGUAAAGAGUAGGAAAAUGCACAGAAUCUGUUUAGGCAGUUGUUGUGGAGGGUUUUUACCCUACUUGCUGUAAUAUUUACAGCUAAUGAGAAAGUUCAAGAUUUUUUCAGAAUAAAAUAAUUUCCAAUUGUAAUCGAAACUGGUAAGGGCAAUGUCAGAACUGGAAUAUUAUAAACUUUGCGUGUGGUUUGUCUCAUCCAUCAAUGUGUACAGAAGGAGACAUGUAAAUAAAUGUGUGCAUAUUUUAGUUCUUGUUGUUGAGUCAUUGCAUGAAAGUUCCGUCUGUAUGUGUAAGUUUAUUUGAGUAUUCAGAUAUGUGUGUGUGAAGGGGAGAGAAAUGAAAGAGGAAAAUUCUGAAAGGCUGAUUGAGAGGUAUGCCUAAUCUGUUUACACCAGAUGAUGUUUAGUUUGGACUUUGCUUACUCAUCUACAUCAUGCAUAUUUUUUAAAGUGAGUAAUUUUAUGUGACAAUAUAUUUUAUCUUGAUGUCAUUAUCAUUGUAGGGCAUGGUAAGCUGCAAGAGUCCUUUAAUCUUUUUUGUAAGAUUUGUGAGAACUUCUACACUGAGUGCUGGCUUCAAUAUAUUAUACAUGUAUAUUUGUGCUUCUUCUGAUUCAGAACUGUGAGAAAGCCUUGAGACAUUUUGAUAUGAAUUUGGAAAACACAUAGAGUUGCAUGUUUAUCAUAGUAGAUCAAAUCACGUUUCUUAGAAGUAAGCGCUCUGGACUUUAAUAAUUUAUUGGUUUGAAUCACUAUCAAAUGGUGCUAACUGUAAUUUGGUGUGUUUUUUCAGUUCAUAUGCAGAUUCCUAUCUAAGCUGUCAAAGAUCUUAUUUCUAAACCUUUCAUGGCAUUUUAAGACCAAAGCAUGAACAGUGCUGUCUCUCAUUUGUCUCUUUCAUGUGUAGUUCUAUAUCAACUCAUCAAAGUUCUUGCAGGACAUUGUCAAGUUCAUGGUUGAGUUUCUGUAAUAGGUCAUGAUCUCUUUCAGAAUAAAUCCCUAGAGUUCACUGUGUGAAUAUUCCAUAUUUCAAAUGAUGAAAAAGACAGCUGUAUGGUUAGAACAUCAGCAUAUGAUCCAGAGGCAUGCACACUGAUUAAUGCAGUGCCUUUCCUUUAAUACACUUUAGAGACUACAUUUUCAGUAAUAGAAUUUGAAAAAUGUUCUUCUGGACUAUGUCAAUCAUAAAGUAAAGGAGAAGAUAGCAGGAAGAUAGGCUGGAAUGUCUGUUCAUGUAGCUAUUAGACAUGUAAGGGCAGAUGCCUCAUAAAUGGUGGUCAUUUUUAAUUAAGCUCUAGGUCCUGUAGUUGACAUGAGAAAAGGUGGGUAACCAUUUUCAUUAUUAUGCCUUCUAUGAUAUACCACCAUGUACAGUUCAAGGACUAUUAAAAAAAAAUCUGCUGCAGUUCCUGUAUUGCACAUAAUUAUUAUUAAGACAGGAAAUAUUUCAGAUAUUUUAAACAAAAACACUUUACUUAGUGUAUAUUUGCAUACAUGUCUGCACAUAUAUUUUUAUUGCCCUCGUAUUUUUAUUACUAACAUUUUCAGUAGGGAGUGCAGUGCUAUACACUGAUGUCUGUUUUGGUAUCAACUUGUUUUCUCUUUAUACUCCUUGUCACAUUGUUUAGAUGAUUGAAUGUUUAAAAAAAAUUGCAAUAAUUGUAAGAAGAGUGAAAUGUGAAGAAGAUAUUUUAAAAUUCUUGUGGAAGAUGCAGCCUUCAUCUCAUAUAAAUCAUAUCUUUCUGACUGAGAACUGAUGCAUAAUUAACAUAUCAUUGAACUUCAACUUGAAGUUCCUACUGCUGUCCUUUAGCUGCUGAUUUUAUGAACAUCAUAAACCAUUUCUUUGAUAAUUUGGAAGAGUUGAUUUGUUUGCUUAAAAAGCUAAUUAAAACUGAAAAUAAA